GGCCCCUCCUCCGCUGCCUUUGGACCCCCGGGGCCCAGCCCUUCUCUUCUGGCUUCCCUGCAGUCUCUGGGGGAACACAGUGAUCACACACUGCUGCCCCAGUCUCUUCAUCAGAUAGCAGAAGCAUAUUUCCUGGAGGAAGACUACCGCUGGGCUGUCGACUUCCUCCAGCUAGAGAGACUGUACCACCAGAGGUUGCUGUCUAACCUGGCUGACCUGCAGGAACAAUGGGAAUCCCAGGGGAUGGUGGGGGGAGAGGGGCCUCGGGCUGGUGCCUCACCGCUGGCUGACUGCUCCCAUGAAGAGUCCAAGCGGAUGGACUUACUCAGGCACAUCUGCGGGACCCACCAACGACCUACUCUCUACCUGGAAAAGAACAUGGGGGACCGACCCCAGACAGAGGGCCUCCGGCCGUGUGAGGCUGGAGGUGUGCAGCAGCCUGUGUCCUCUGUUGAGAACAUAAACAUGAGAACGGUAGCGGGCGAAUCCUUCCAUCCGAAGAGGGAACAGGAUGGGGAAGGAGAAGGGGAGGAGCAGGUAGAGGAGGAAGAUGAGGACCUCUGGGAGGAGCAGGAGGACGAGGACGAGGAAGAGGAGGGUGUGGAGGAGCUGCAGGGGCAAGUUGGAGAGGCGAGGAGCACGGGACUGGAACCUGUGGAUGACUUGGCAAAAUUCAUUCAGGUGGAGGAGAUGUGUUCAACCAAUGGACUAGUUUCCAUCCUCAAGAGGAGAGCUCCAGAAGAGGAAGCAGCCUCCCCCACAGAGAGCCCCAGCAGACGCACAGCCAAGCGUAAAGUCCGCUUCAGUGAGCCCAGUGAGGAUGACGUCAGCGCGGAUUCCUGUCUGAUCCUCCUGCUCUUGUGCCUGAUCACCGCGGUGAUAAGCAUCGGUGGGACAGCGGUCUACUGUCUCCUUGGCAACGCUAGCACGGCCGUGUGCACAGACUUCUCCCAGAACGUGGACGCGUACUGGGGUCCCGUGCGGGACAGCGUCGGGUGGCUGACGCACUGGCUGUUCCCCGUGUCCUAGCCCCCCUUCACCUCCAGACAGCCCUGUGGACUCUGGGAAUGCAGUACUUCUUGCACUGUUGUUUAACAGCCAUGGAGUGUGUUUUGAGCCAUGAACUUCCUGUUCCACCACUUUAGGGAUGGACUUUUAGGCCCACAACCUGGAUUUGCUGUAAUAGAAAAGGUUUGUAACUGGGAUUGGUUUUCCCUCCUCAGGACAAGAACCCAGAUUCUCAGCUCUCGAACUGCACCGCUAAAAAGCUGUGGUCAAGUCUUAGUGCACCUUUUGAAGGGUGUUUGGGGUGAGGUUCUUUACUGGGCUGCUGUGACUGGCUCGUCUCUGUUACUUACUGUAUAUUACUGAUAUUUCACACAGUGACAGACUUUCCCAAUAGAAAUAACCGACUCCUAGAUGGACCCAGUUCUGGCUGCAUCAGCUGCUGUGUGUGAACAAGACAUGCAAGUUCAACACGGACAUUCUGGACGUACUAGCUAUCUAGAAAAAGGGUAAUUUAAGAAAACUUUGCAAUUAGUUUCUUACACAAUAACUAGCAUUCGCCAUCAAACAACAAAACCCCACUGGAAUCUCAAAGUUAUGGAAAUGUGAUUUCUGUGGAGCCUUUUUCAGUAUUGAAAAAAACUCAAAAUUUUAAGAGAUUUACAUUAAAACAUAUCUUUGUCUUUACAGAGAUAUAUUGUAUUUACAGAAUUGGGCAGAUAUUCAACUGAGAGGCUCUGAAACCCUUUUAUGGAAAUUGUUAGAGACUGCCGAGAUAGGCAGUGUAAGGUGUAUGAAUGUUUCUGUUGCAUCAUCAGCAGUAACUUAAAUGUCACUGAGUGUUUUUCUCCCAUUAUUUACUUGUAAAUAGCGAAUGUGCACUGAGACGAGACAUGUAAAUGAUGUUGGAUCAUUUUGGUGGUUUCAAUAAAAAAAAUACAUUCUAA